AUGGCUGUCCCAAACAACAUUUGUACCCAUCUUACGUUGGGUAGAUGUCCAUGUACUGCAACAGAGACAGAAGUGUGUGAUUCCAAAAGCAAUGUUUGUACUCAUUUAACGUUCAGUUGUUUGUGUCACUGUACAACAGCCUCCUCAACAAAGAAAAGGAAAGGUUGCCACAAAGGUCCCUUUGUUGCUAAAAAGAAAGCACUCAUAGACUUGGUGGUACAAGAUGAUGUUCUGGUGGAAGGCGAUGAUGAUGAUCCUUGGAAGAUAAAAAAGGUGUUGAAAGAGAGUGAUCUUGGCAAUAUGAGUCGGCUCAUGCUAGGGAAGGAUUUGGCAGAAAAGUUUGUGUUGCCUGUGUUGGGUGAUGCUGUUGAGAUUGAGAAGGGAGUUAGUGUUAAGAUUUGGGAUGUGGACACCUACACCAUGCACUCUCUUGUUUUCAAGAAAUGGGUUUCUUCAAGAUGCUACAUUUUUAUGGGAAAAUGGGUCCAAGAAUUUGUUAAGAGAAGGGGCUUGAAGAAAGGGGAUGAGAUUGGCUUUUCUUGGAAUUCAUAUAAUAGUCACUUCAACUUCUCUGUUCUUAGGGUCAAUUAA